GAGAGUGUGAGCACAAAGUCGGUGGCGUGGGAGGUGGAGGCGUGUGUGUCCUGCUGAGGAGACACAGGGGCCCUUUGUGCGGGGCCUGAGCCGCCUCCUAUGUCCCUGCUGCCGGCUCCUGGGGAACAUGCCGGGGCUCCUCCUCUCCACGCUGCUGGGCGCUGCUCUGGCGCAGUUCUGCUGCAGGGCGCAGGGCGGCGGGCCAUUGGCCAGGGCGCCGGAAGGAAGGCCCGGAGAGGAACCGGAAGUGCAGCCUCGCAGACAGUUUUGUCACUGGCCCUGUAAAUGCCCUCGUCAGAAGCCCAGCUGCCCUCCUGGAGUGAGCUUGCUGAGGGACGGCUGCGGGUGCUGUAAGAUCUGUGCCAAACAGCCGGGGGACAUCUGCAACGAAGCCGACCUCUGUGACCCCCACAAAGGGCUGUACUGUGACUACUCGGCCGACAGGCCUCGGUUCGAGACCGGAGUGUGCGCGCACCUUAUAGCUGUGGGAUGCGAGUUCAACGGGGUACAUUAUCAUAAUGGCCAAGUCUUUCAGCCCAACCCCCAGUUUAGCUGCCUCUGUGUGAGUGGAGCCAUUGGAUGCACACCUCUGUUCAUACCAAAGCCGGCUGACAGUCACUGCUCUGGGGCUAAAGGUAGAAAGAAGUCUGAUCAAUCCAACUGUGGCCUGGGACCAUUCCAACAGCAGCUUUCAACAACCUACAAAACAAUGCCAGCUUAUAGGAAUCUCCCACUUGUUUGGAAACGAAAAUGUCUUGUGCAAGCAACAAAGUGGACACCUUGCUCCAGAACAUGUGGGAUGGGAAUAUCUGAUCGGGUCACCAAUGAAAAUAGCAACUGUGAAAUGAGAAAAGAGAGAAGACUGUGUUACAUUCAACCUUGUGACAGUAAUAUAUCAAAGAGAGUAAAGAUCCCCAAAGGAAAAACAUGCCAACCUACUUUCCAACUCCUCAAAGCUGAAAAAUUUGUCUUUUCUGGAUGCUCAAGCACUCAGAGUUAUAAACCCACUUUCUGUGGAGUAUGCUUGGAUAAGAGAUGCUGUGUCCCUAAUAAGUCUAAAAUGAUUACCAUUCAAUUUGAUUGCCCAAACGAAGGGUCAUUUAAAUGGAAGAUGCUGUGGAUUACAUCUUGUGUAUGCCAAAGGAACUGCAGAGAUCCAGGAGAUAUGUUUUCUGACCUCAAGAUCCUAUAAAACCUAGUAUAUAUGGGAAAAGUUAAGUUCAGAGUUUGACAGGACCUUUUCCCUCAGUCAACUGUGGACGCCAGUGGGACCUUUUCAAGCUUAUCACUGUAUAUGCUCAGAAUAUUUUUCAACUACAUUUUUUUGUUAAGUAGACUAAGUUUUAUGCUUAUAAAUGACACACAGUUACAAAACAAGGUGUUCUGGAAAUUAUAUAUAGCAGCUACCAUAAACAGUAACACUGGAAAGCCUUCUAUGGUGCUGGACUGUGAUAAGAGCUUUAAAGAUACUCUUAUUUAAUAUACCCAACAAGGGUAUGAGGUAUAAGACUUUACAUAAUUUUUUCUCAUCUCCAUUUAAAAUGAACUCUGAUCACAGUAAGUUUUACAUAUUAAAAAGCAGAAUGUGGUCAACUAGAAAGACAUUAAAAAUAAAAAGUUUUGAACUAACAUAUUGGUUUAAUAUAGGCGAAAACAUUGGUCACACCAUGUUUUCAUUAGUUGAAAUGAUACACAAUAGAAAACUGAUACUCAUAAGGCUCUGCAAGCCUUUUUGAUUAAUCAAAUUUGCAAGGAGCCCUUUGAUGCAUUAAAAAUUGAUGAGAAAAUGAA